GAACAUAAGCCCAGCCCACUUAUGCCUGCUCGAGUAUAUAACAGAGCUGCACCAAAAUUAGGGUUUACUGUCCUCUUCUUCAACUGAAUCGCGCCGGAGCAACUCUUGUCCGUUUGCAGUUGCUUUGCUAGGAGCUACAAUGGUGUCGGGAAAGAAGACGAAGAAGACUCAUGAGAGUAUCAACAAUAGGUUGGCUCUUGUAAUGAAGAGUGGAAAGUACACUCUUGGUUACAAGACGGUUCUCGAAUCUCUCAGAAGCUCUAAAGGUAAGUUGAUCAUCAUUUCCAACAACUGCCCGCCUUUGAGGAAAUCCGAGAUUGAGUACUACGCCAUGCUUGCCAAGGUUGGCGUUCACCAUUACAAUGGAAAUAAUGUCGAUCUUGGAACCGCAUGUGGAAAGUAUUUCCGUGUGUCAUGCCUAAGUAUCAUUGAUGCAGGUGAUUCUGAUAUCAUCAAGAGUCUGCCAGGAGACCAGUGAAAGUCAACUUUCUAGUACCCUUUUUGAAAUUGCUGUUAGUUAGUAUAGUGAUCUUGUUGCUUUGUAUUCAGCUGUUUUGUACUGACUUUCUUUGUGUUGGUUGAAUGUUGUUUUUAAUCAAUUACAUUACAUGUUUUAUUUUAA